GCAGAGAUCGCACCGGAGCGCCGGAGCCCUCCCAGCCCGAGUGCGCGCCCGGCUGCUCCGUGCACCUGCCACGGGCCCCGCGCGGGUCUGAGCUGCGGGCUGGCGGCGCGCACAGGUGGCGGCGAUUGGGCAGGCGGGGCCGGGAGGGUGACGUCACGGGCUCCGGUCCCGGCGGCAGAAAUAGGGCAGCCGCCGCGGCGGUGCUACAGCAGCGGGCAGCGGCGGCUCAGAGAGCUGGAGCCGCGACAGCCCUCCAGCGCGCCGAGGACCCGCUGACAGCCAGGGAGACCGACCGAAGGACACGGGGUCGGGUCGCCGCUGCCACCACGGGGCGCUCCCUCCUGCCCGCCGAGUCCGGCCACCUGGUCUUCCUCUCGGCCCCGGCCGCCUCAGACUCAACAAAAUGAGACCAGGAGGCUUUUGGCUGCAUCUCACGCUGCUUGGAGCCUCCCUGCCUGCUGCGCUAGGAUGGAUGAACCCGGGAGCCAGCGGAGGAUGGAACGUGGGUGUGGGAGAGUCCCCGGCAGAGGAAUCCAGAAGCCUUGACGUCAGAAGAAGAGAAGGACUUUCCAGCCAUGACGAGCUGCCGGCCUCCUGUGGGAAGAAGUUGUGUGGCCGCGGGAGCAGGUGUAUGCUCAACAGAGAGACAGGGGAGCCCGAGUGCCGAUGCCUGGAGGCCUGCCGGCCCAGCUACGUGCCUGUGUGUGGCUCAGACGGGAGGGUUUACGAAAACCACUGUGAGCUCCACCGUGCUGCCUGCCUGCUGGGGAAGAAGAUCGUCAUGGUCCGCAACAAGGACUGCUUCCUUAAAGGUGACCCGUGCACCAUGGCCGACUACGCCCGCCUGAAGAAGGUCCUUCUGGCACUGCAGAGCCACUUGCAGCCACUCCAUGAAGGGGACAGCAGACAAGACCCCGCCUCCCAGAAGCGCCUCCUGGUGGAAUCUCUGUUCAAGGACUUCGAUGCAGAUGGAGACGGCCACCUCAGCAGCUCUGAGCUGGCCCAGCACAUGCUGAAGGAGCAGGACCUGGAAGAGGACUUCCUGGGCUGCUCGCCGGGUGACCUCCUCCGAUUUGAUGACUACAACAAAGACGGCCUCCUGACCCUUCAUGAGUUCUACACAGCCUUCCAGGUGGUACAGCUCAGCCUCGCCCCCGAGGAGCGGGUCAGUGUGGCCACAGUGACCGUGGGACUGAGCACGGUGCUGACCUGCGCCAUCCGCGGAGACCUGCGGCCGCCCAUCGUCUGGAAGCGCAACGGGCUGGCCCUAAACUUCCUGGAUUUGGAAGACAUCAAUGACUUCGGAGAGGACGACUCCCUCUACAUCACCAAGGUGACCACCAUCCACAUGGGCAAUUACACCUGCCACGCCUCCGGCCACGAGCAGCUGUUCCAGACCCACGUCCUGCAGGUGAAUGUGCCACCCGUCAUCCGCGUCUAUCCAGAGACCCAGGCACAGGAGCCGGGGGUGGCAGCAAGCCUGAGAUGUCACGCAGAGGGCAUUCCUAUGCCCAGAAUCACUUGGCUAAAAAACGGCAUGGAAGUCUCAACCCAGAUGUCAAAACAGCUCUCCCUUUUAGCCAAUGGGAGCGAGCUCCACAUCGGCAGUGUUCGGUAUGAAGACACGGGGGCAUAUACCUGCAUUGCCAAAAAUGAAGUGGGUGUGGAUGAAGAUAUUUCCUCCCUCUUCAUUGAAGACUCAGCUAGAAAGACCCUUGCGAACAUUCUAUGGCGAGAAGAAGGCCUCAGUGUGGGAAACAUGUUUUACGUCUUCUCCGACGAUGGCAUAAUCGUCCUGCACCCGGUGGACUGUGAGAUCCAGAGGCACCUCAAGCCCACGGAGAAGAUCUUCAUGAGCUACGAAGAAAUAUGUCCUCAAAAGAACGGGGACGCCACCCAGCCCUGCCAGUGGGCAUCAGGAGUGAACGUCAGGCACCGCUACAUCUACGUGGCCCAGCCGACACUGAGCAGAGUCCUCGUGGUCGACGUGCAGGCUCAGAAAGUCCUUCAGUCCAUAGGUGUCGAUCCUCUGCCGGCUAAGCUGUCCUAUGACAAAUCACAUGACCAAGUGUGGGUCCUGAGCUGGGGGAACGUGCACAAGUCUCAACCAAGCCUCCAGGUGAUCACAGAGGCCAGCACUGGCCAGGGCCAGCGCCUCAUCCGCACACCCUUUGCCGGAGUGGACGACUUCUUCAUUCCCCCAACAAACCUCAUCAUCAACCAUAUCAGGUUCGGCUUCAUCUUCAACAAGUCUGACCCUGCCAUCCACAAAGUCGACCUGGAAACGCUGAUGCCCCUCAAGACCAUCAAGCUGCAGAGCCACGGCUGCCUGCCGCAGGCCAUGGCCCACACCCACCUGGGCGGCUACUUCUUCAUCCAGUGCCGGCAGGACAGCUCUUCUGAAGCCUCUCCACAGCUGCUGAUCGACAGCGUCACAGACGCGGUGGUCGGACCCAACGGCCAGGUCACUGGCACCCCGCACACAUCCCCAGAUGGGCGCUUUGUAGUCAGCGCCGCCCCGGGCAGCCCCCAGCUGCACGUUCAGGAGAUCUCACUGCGGGGGGAGAUCCGGACCCUCUACAACCUGAAAGUGAGCCCGGGUGUCUCGGAUGUAGCCUUCCAGCGCUCCUUCACACAGGGAGACCAGUACCAUGUCUACGCCACCCUCGAGACAGAGCCAGACCUGCUGUUUCUGGAGCUGUCCACGGGCAAGAUGGGUGUGCUAAAGGGCCUGAAGGAGCCCGCGACCGCAGGGCCAGCCCGGGCCUGGGCAGGGCCCCGCAGGAUCGUGAGGGACAGCGGGCUGUUCGGGCAGCACCUCCUCACGCCCGCCCGGGAGUCGCUGUUCCUCAUCAACGGGAGACAGAACGCACUACGGUGCGAGGUGGCGGGCGUAAAGGGGGGGACCACGGUGGUGUGGGUGGGCGAGGUAUGAAGCAGUCCCGAGCAGGCACCCUGUACAUUUUUACAGACAAAAGCAAAAAACCUGUAUUCGCUUUGUGGUUCAACACUGGUCUCCUUGCAAGUUUCCUAGUAUAAGGUAUGCGCUGCUAACGAGAUCGGGUGGGUUUUAGGAUGUAGGAUUUCUGCCUUGAGCUGCGAUGAGAACCUGCUGCCGUGUAAAGGAAUCAUCGUGCGCCCAGCCACGCGACACGUUACCUGGGCCGCCCUGGAACCAGGAGCUCCAGCUUUCCAGGCGGAUGCUUCUGUCAGUUGCCUUUGCAUCCUCAUUCUUUAACACCGAGUCCAUCCAGACUUCACCCUGCUGGAUGGCCUGAAGCCGGGGGCUCCCAGGAGCGGGGCCCUCCCUCCUGGCCUGAGAGCUCUGGACCUCAUUUUCUCCUUUGCAGCUGCUUCUCGCUUUUCUUUCCAUUUGACUUGUUGUAAGCCUGAGGGAGAGCCAACAAGACUUAUUGCAUCUUGGGGAUGGGGAAAUCACUCACUUUAUUUUGGAAAUUUUGAUUAAAAACUAAUUUUUUAUAAUCUCAAAUGCUAGUAAGCAGAAAGAUGCUCUCCCAGGUCCAGCUGUAUUCUUCCCUGCCUUAGGCCAUGUCUCUGAGAGACACUACCCCACAUCCGACAGCCAGAAAGAAGACAGUGGCCAUCAAGGGGACUGGGGUCCUCUACAUCACUGACACCCCCAAGUGCAGAUCAGACCACCACAUUGGUAAAGGCUCCUUUUUCUGGGUUGGGACCCCAAGAGACCAAGACAAACCCUGUGUGCCUGCUUAUCACCACUCAAGGGGGACAUGUAUUAGCCUGUCCAGUACCCCAGAUUCAGGGCUGACCAAGCUUGCCUGGAAACAUGCCUGCAGAACAGUGGCCUCCAGGCUCAAUGCAGAAACCAUGCCCUCCUCCAAGGAUUCAAGUGGGGUUCCUUAGGCUAUCCUUUUAAAACCCCACUCUCUUCUGGCCUGUGGCCCUCGCACUCAGCUCGCACCCAAGUCCCUGCAUCCACGAAGCACAGACAGCACAUUUCAGUGUUCCUUACACAUGGGUCCCCAUCUCCCCAGGAACACACAAGGAUGUGGGAGGCCACUGCCAGUACUCCCAAAUGUGGUGGGCUCUCCAGGGCAAUCAAAGAAGUACAACCCAACAGAUCCCAUAUCGGAGAAUCUCAGCAAGGAAGAGGCUCCCUUGGGCUCUCUAAACACCCUUCUCAUGCACAUCGGCAGGUUUGAAUGGUCAUUUUUCAAGCCACCUGAAAUAGGAAGGGGUGUGGUCCCAUCACAGAAACAUCAGUUUAGAUGCCUUCUCCUGUCAACGUGGCCAUGAUUUUCCUGAGCUGCUGAGAAAUGGCCUCUUUCAGAGAAAGAGAGACAUAGACUCUGUCUCACUAGAAAUACAGCAUCUCAGUCCCACCUAACUGCCCAAUCCACCUGCCCCCUCACAGAGCUCCUGGUAUCAGCCAGUCCUCUGGUAUGUCUCAUGCAUCUUAGUCCACCAUACUCUUGUCCCCAAAAACUCCCGGGAGUGUGCCUAGACAUAUACAUUCACAGAUUUUUGUAAGAUAAAAUAUGUAGAUAUUUGAGGAAACUGACCUCAAAACCUAAUUAUUUAGUUUUACAAUAACUGGGAUGGAUGGAAAACACAUCUCACCUUUUUUUUUUUACUAUUAUUCCUGCCUCAAUCUCUUGACACAUUUGCUUGCACAUCUGUCACUGAAAUUUCCCAACUUUCAUAAGCUUCUUCCUUUGGGAAGACCUUCUGAAUUAUGGCAGCCCCUGGAAGAAAAAGAAAGUGUCUGAGUCUACAUGAAGAAGAACCUACCAACUGCCAGGCCAGAACAUCAGCCCCUCUGUGUUACAGGAUUCCUGAGUAAGAGACUAGUCCAGCUGCAACUGGCUUCUGUCACUGGGAGUGACUUCAGCGGCACCUGUUCCUUUUCCACUAUUCAUUCCACUUUCAAGUGUGGAAAGCUUAUCAGCCUCUCAUUGUCAUCACUGUGUAGUUACAAAGCUGGAGACAGCCAGUUUAGGUCUUGCUGCCAGCAUUUCAGAUACAAUUAAAUAGGAGAAGGGAAUCACAGCCCUGAAAAUUGUGAAAUUUGCAAAUUCAUAAAGGCAGGAAAGUCCAUGUUUUUUCAGCAGUGCAGCCAACUGAAAGGCUGGCCUGGACUCCACCUGCCUCUUCCUCCCAUACUUCAGCCCCAGCGGAAUUUCAUGGAACGCAGUCUGAAAGCCACUGGGAUAUGAAGUCAUCACAACAUCCAAGAUCCUUCUUAUGAACACGAAUCAUCAGCUAUCUACUAAUACUUAUAUUAAAGGAAUAUUUGUUUUACCAAAAGAGUCACCCCAAAAGUCACUCACGUAAUAAACUAUUUCAAAAUUACUGGAUUUUGAAAUAAAAUUCAUUGCAGAAAAAUUCAACGUAGAUAUUUUUUUUCAGACUAAGAAACACAAAUAAACCUAUAGUGACGUUAAGGAUUUGAAAUAAUAUCCUCAUUCUCCUUCUGCCCAAGUGAGCAGGACCCUACAUGGAGGUAUUGGGUCCAAAAGCCCACCCAGCCAUUCACAGACUGAGAGUUGGAAGAGGGAUUUGUCUGUCCUAGAAGCCUGCAUGGACUUCUGCACAAGGAAGGUUGGGUGUGAAUCACCCAAUGCCAUCAUCCCAUCCCCACAACACUGAACCAGCAAGUCCUGCCUGGGGCUGGCCCAGGCUCCCUUCUUAAGUAUUCAUUCAAGUCAUUCCAAGAUCCUACUAUUUUCCCCAAGCCUGCAGAGGUAGCUGGAAGAGCCCUGUAAAGUCUAGGCAGAGGCCACACUCAUACCAAGCUUCAGAUUCUAUGACCUAGAGACGGCAGCACAGGAGACAGAAACUCAGUCCCUGCGAUUCCUACCCCAAUCUCAGCCUCCCAGCUCCAGGUUAGUGUCCUGGAGGACAGCUCUCAAGCCCAGAUAAAGCCGAGAACCACCUGCCACCCUAGGGAAUUGUAACAGCUGAGUCUUCACAGAGGAAAGCUGCCUGAAGCUGGCUUCGUGUGGCCCCACUUCUUUUCUGUUGACCAAAUAACCUGUGAACUAGUGGAGAUUUCAGAACUGAGUUGUGAAACAGAUUCACGAUGGAUAUAUUUUUCUACAAGGGGCUUAAAAAGUAAUCCGAUUCAUUUCCACAGCGUGUUCCAUUCAAAUACCAUGGAUGCUGCACCCUCUUCGUUAUCGCAUUGCACAGCUCACUCCCCUAUCCUUCUCUUCAAAAGCCAGCCUCCAGGAGCACUGAUACUGCUCCCAACUCUCUCCUACACAUCCACCAAUCUACCUCACAUCCUCCUCUUCCUCGCACCCAGAACCCCCCGGAAUGUGCACUCCAAACCAAGACACCAGAUGGGCAAAGUAGGAUGACAAUGAUGCUGACAUGAAGUCCUUUGCCAUCUCUCCCCACCCAGGACCCCAGAUCCCACUCCAAGUGCAAUCAGAACCCAUGGGGACACAGCUUCUUGCUGCUCAAAUCACACCCCCAAGCCCUAGCUCACAGCCCUUUGGAGUUUGAUGAGCAAGACUAGAGAGAACUCAGAACUGUCAAAGAAGUCCAUUAUGAUCAGACAGAAACUGCAGGACAGGAAUGGAGACCAUGCCAUCUCAGCCAAGCCCUGAAGGGCUGAGCUGCAUCCCUCCAUCCUCACCUGUGCUCUGCCUUUCCCGCUUCCUUCCUAUGCCUGGAGACUCCUGCUCAUGAACCACUCCCACAAUUCAAGGGCCAACUCACCACCUAAUCACCACACCAGCUCCCCCAGGGGUCUUUGCAUGCUGCUUCCUGGCUUUGGGGUACAAGUGAAAAGUCAUUCAUCGGGCCCAAUCCUAUACUAUUUGCUCCCAGAUUGGCACACAGCCAAAGCAGUUUUGUUCAAGAAAGUCAUUAGCUGCCUUGAUUGCUCUCCAAAAUCAUAGAGAUCAUAUAGAACAGAGGGGCUUAAAAGAAUCAAGGGGGAAAUACAUAGUAUUUAUCCUCAAGGUGCGACUACAAGACCCCAGAUACCAGGUGGAAUGCAACCAACUUCCUUUAGUCUACACCAGGUUACCUGCCGAGCCACUUGAGGAUUUGAGUGUCUUAUCUGGACCUUCAUGAUUUAGGCACCAGCCACCCAGCAGACACUGGGAGCCCAGUAAUAGUGGUCUCCUGUGAGCAGUACUGGGAAUUUAACCAAACACAAUGUGUGAAAUUAUGGAAGAUAGAGAAGAGCAGGGACUGACCUUCAAAAUUCACAGCAAGGCUUCAUUAGCCAGCACAAGAGUAUUGAGCAUGUGCUUGGUUUUUGCACAAAACCACACUUCACACACCCCUCUUCCCAAGCUCACCCCUGUGGUCCCAGGGAGCAGGCCAUGCCCUAAAGGGCUGUAGAGGGCUCAGCCUACAUGCCAUGAAAAUAACUUGACUCACCUCUACUCCCACCUGGUGACAUGUGGCUCUCUACCUGUCACCAAGGCAGGAUCAGACAGUGCUGCCCCCUGGGGGCACCUUCUUCUAGAGUAUUUCUGAGGAAUGGCAACCAUGAAAAAUUGGCUGGAGAUGGGGCCCGAGAUAUUUCCUAACUCUAAACCUUCAUCUGCUGCCCAGUAUAAUAUCUGCCAUAGCUUUAAUAGUUGUUGGUCCCUGGCUCCUUCAGCUGCUUCAGAGAGGUGAGGGAUGGCAGUCUGCAAGCCCCCCUGCACCCCAGACCCACAGCACAGCCUUCUGUGGUACCCCCAGCCCACACCCUGACUGCCUGCCACUGGCCAGGCCCCUUCUCGUUCCUUGACCCUUCAUACACCACCCCUCUCCCCGUCUGCUCGUGCUUCCUGAAGGCCUGUGAGAUGAUCUAAAAGCAGACUAGGCAUGGAAUUUUGCUGCAGUGUCACACACGCUGUGUUCAUGCUGUAGUCCAGUGAACGACCCUCACAAUAUGAAGUCACACACACACGCUCCGCUUGUCCCGUUAGGAUUCUCCUCCCGCCCCACCUCAGAAAACUUCCAGAUCUCUCAUGUCGAGGCAGAUUACAUUAUUUUGAGCAGUUGUGUAGACUCCAAAAUAUAUUUUCUGUAAUCACUGGUAUUUCUCAAAGGUCUCCUGUAAUUACUAUACAUGUGAAUUUUUCCUUAUUUAUAAAAUAUAUAUAAAUUAUUUUUAAUACAUCAACUUUAGUAGAAAUUUGUACCAACACAGUAACUGUAUGUGGCAUUGGAAAUAAGUUUGUGUUUACGUUAACGUAUUGCACAGUAUUGGACACGCCGUGUAUUUGCAGUACCACUUGAUAGAAAGAUGUUUCACAGAUUAUCAUAAAGUAUUGUCAUUGUAAAUGCUCUUUUUCUGAGGAUUUUACAAUAAAACUUGAAAAAAGUUA